AUGGACCUGGCGAUUCAUUAACCGUUAGCGAUGAAGGCACAAGAAAGGCUGUCUGGUUCUGCGAGGCUUCAAAACAGAUGCAGACUAUGCUGGGGUCAGUGGCUACAGUGCGUUUCCUCCGCUCCCAGUGCGACUCGAUUACAACGGGAAACCCGCAUAUCCUCUCUCUCCUCUUAUCUUUUUGCCAAUAUGCUGCCUGGUCUUCCUCCUGCUUCCUGCCGUUUGUGACAUGAGAAUAAGGAAGCGAAAGACACACAGGGGGAUUAAACAAAAAAAAAGGAACUAUAGCCCGGACCCGAAUAACGAAUUCAAACUGAAGACGAAAGACUGUUGUCUGAAUUGACGCGCUCUGUAAGGUCUAGCUGGGAACUUCCUGAUUUGCGAGAAGGCAGGGUUAAAGCUAUCAGUGAUUCUGAUGGAGUCAGCUAUCCAUGGUAUGGAAACACCACCGAGACAGUGACUUUGGUCGGUCCCAUCAACAAGGCGUCUCGGUUUUUAGUCAGUAUGAAUGACAAUUUUUACCCGAGUGUAACAUGGGCUGUCCCUGUGAGUGACAGCAACGUGCCGCAACUAACCAGGAUUAAAAGAGACCAAAGUUUCACCACCUGGCUGGUAGCCAUGAACACAAUCAGCAAAGAGAAGAUUUUACUUCAGACAAUCAAAUGGAGGAUGCGGGUUGACAUAGAAGUUGACCCAUCGAACCCGUUGGGCUAUCGCGCUAAGCUUGUUGGAAGGACACAGCAGGAGCAGCCUCGGAUAUUAAGCAGGAUGGAGCCUAUACCGCCCAAUGCCUUGGUGAAGCCCAACGCAAACGACGCCCAAGUUUUAAUGUGGAGACCCAAACGUGGUGUACCUCCAGUUGUCAUACCUCCCAAGUAGUAAUAAGAGGCUUGCAGCCGUUUAAGGAAAUCUUCUAAGGCCGUGCAUUUUUAAUACACCCCCCACCCCCAUUUCAUUCAGCAGUUAGGAACGAACAAGGUUGGAAUUUUUUUUUUGGUUGGUGGGGGGGCAUCUGCACUUGUUUGGAGGAGGUGAAUGAAGCCUUUGGUUCGGUUGUACAUCUCGGCAUCUCACGUGGCUGUUUACAAAGGUCAUCCGACUGUACAGACUACUCUGGUAACACUUGAUAUUUAUUUUUUUGGUUUUUUUUUUGAUAAUGCAAAGUUCUCGGUCCAGAUGAACUGGCCGUGGUGCUGAAAUGUGACGGGGAUACGGUACCACUAUUUUCUAACUGCCUGCGGGCCUUGCGUGGCUCCACAGUGCCAGCUUCAAUCAGACGAUGCUUCCUACUCUUGCUAACAGGUCCUGACUGUUCGACUGAU